CGUCUGCCGUGCCGUCUGCCGUCAGUGCCGUGCCGUCACUAUUGCCUUUUGGUUUUCAGUUUUCAGAAUUAUUUAUGGACUUUACUAACUCUCAGCUUUUCCUUCAGUUACAGAUCCUAUUCGAGCCUGAUAAUAAAUGUAAUCAGCUAAUUUGUUUUCACUUUUCAGUAUAAUGGCUAUUUGUAUGCUGAGAGGAGCUUUCGGUCGAGCAUUUAUAAAGUUUUCUCAUUCAGACUGACGUCGUUAAAGAACAGUUUACAUCAGUGACGAAGACAAAAUGGAAAUCCAAGUGGACAUGAUGGAACACCUUGGAGAUCUCCUAUCUUCUGGAGAUGUCAAUAGUAUAAAAGAAAUGAUUGCUGAGGAUAGCUUCACAAGCUUUUUACAAGAAAAGUCAAGUGAUUUAAUUCCUGUACUGUGCUGUUACUUGAAUGAAGAGACAAUGCUUAAUGAUCAGCGAUUGUUUAGAUAUGUUAAAAAAAUAAUUACCAUGUGUGCAGAGAUUGGAAAUUCUAAAGAAUGUUUCAUGGAAUUUCUUGCACAAAUGGAGACUCUGGACGAACUGAAGUUCCAAAACUUGCUACAACCUGUCCAGACCACCAUACUUCGAAUCCCUGAAAGAAAAGCACCUUUGAUGCACUGUGUUUAUAGUGUUGUUUAUUCAUUCAUAAACACUUUACCUGUGCCAACAGAUUACAAUUUAGAGAAAGAGGCCAAAGCAGUCUUAGAGUGUGAUGAGAAUGUUCGACGAAUAAGAGAAAACUAUCACUUGAUUUUUCGAUUUUAUGAACCUUUUGUUGCUGAGCUUGAAGGCAAAUGCAAUGAUAGUAUUAGAAUUUUAAAUCUAAGAUCAGCAUUGGUACAAGCAUUGCUUCAUUUAUUGGGUCACCCACUUGCAUUUUCAGACAUGGAACAAAAUGAAAAAGGACCUACUUCUUUAGGACUUCUUGCCUGUAAAAUUGUGCAAGCUGUUCACAAAUUGCAGAGUGAUCCAGUGCAAUUGUUGUUUUUAGUAGAAAACAAAGAACUGAUAUCAGUAGAAGAAGAAAAACUAUCCAUGACAGAUUUUUCUAGCAAUGAAUUUAAACAUUCAGAUCUAUCGGUGGCAGUGUUUUUUUACUUAUUCGUGUGUGAAUCGGACAAAGUGUUGAUCCCUUAUACAUACAGUAGACUUUUCAUUUUCAGUAAUUGCUUUACAUUGGCUUCCAUUCUUCUCCAGUUUAAAGAAACACUCGUUCUAAGGAAAGGUCUACUCUUGGCAAAAGCAGCAAUUACAAUGGUUGAAGAGGGUACUUUGCCAUUUUCGCAUUUGGCAUUUGGAGUUCAUAAAGAAGUGAUUGACCAUCUUUCGACCAUAGCAGUCUACCACAACUUGGAGGAAAACAGGAAACUUGCUGUUGAACUGAUAAGGAAACACUUUUCCUUAUUUGAACCUAAAGCUAAGUUCUACAUCCUCGUUAGAAAUGACUCUUCCACCAAACAUCCUCAACUGUUUGGGUUUUUCGCAUCGAUAUUGACCAGCUUGGUGCGAGAAUCAUUCUCAAGAGCUGAACUGAAACCAUACUUUUUUGGGAAGCGACUCUCUGACUUGUUGAACAUCUAUUGCUCUUUGAAGAAUGGAGCAGAAACUGAUCUGUUGGAAAAUAAAGAUCAGAUUAUUGCAGCUUUGAAUUUGAUCAUAUUUCUGUCAAGAAGGGAUAGGUCUAAUAUUACCAAUGUGUGGAGUUACGUCUCUGUUCUUCAGGAAAACUUCCUUAAGCCGCUAAGAGAAGCUAUUGACUUGUCAAGAGCUCAUUUUAAGGAGGAGAUGAAAACUUUGGAUGAUCCUGAGAAGAACAAGACAAGUGAAGAGCUGGAAGUGACAGUUGGAAAUGAACUGUUAGGGAAAAUGUCAGUUCAAGAGAAAAAGGAAGUGAUUAAUUCUGGACUAACUGUUUUUGAUCUCAUUGAACAUGUUUUGAGUCGGGCGAACGAGUGUGUUGAAGAUAAACCUGAGUUGUAAAAAAACAAUAGGCCUAAUUUAAUUUAACUUUUGAUCACUGUGCUUCAAGUUUAGCCUAUAUAUAAACCUACAUAAAUGAAAAAAUCUACAUUCUUUGAAUAAUAUUUGAGCUCAUUCAGUCAAACCAUGACCACCAUUCAAACCCAUUCAGUCAAACCAUUCAGUGAACUAUGUAUCAAAUUAUAAUUUUAUUAAUGUAUUAUAUUCUGAAUUGGACAUUUGAAGUGGAAUUUAGGUUUUGCUUAUCUCGUUAACAUUCCAAAUAUUUUGUUGUUUACGUACCGUAGUCAAAAUUGAUGCAAAAAAUGAUUUUGUAAAAUAACAUUUCAGUGGUUAAUAAUUGUAUGAUAUUUUGUGAAGUCCAUUUAAUAAACAUUGAUGAAGAUGAUUUGUUUAUCAAUUAACACUUCCAAUCUAAAAUUGAAUUUUAAUAUUUAUCUAAUAAAAAAUUCUUAUUUAAAAACCUGUUA